AUGCCGCCUCCUGCAAAUCCCUCCGAACGCGCACCCCUCCUCAAUGAAGAGGAGCGGGAACGCGAAUCUGAUUAUUUUGCGUUUACGCCUGAUCAAUUAGCAAAGUUGGUAGAUCCAAAAAGUCCUGAAUUGCUAAGAGAAAUGGGUGGUUCUAAAAAGAUUUUGGAGGGUCUGAAAGUAGAUCCUACGGCUGGUUUGAGCUCUGAUGAAGGUUUAGAAGACACAAAACAACGACAACCUUUUCAUUUGAGACGCAAAUAUUUCGGAAGAAAUGUCUUACCGGAAGUAAAGCAACAAUCAUUAAUUUCUUUAAUUUGGGAAGCUUAUCAAGAUAAAACUUUGAUUUUGCUUAGUAUCGCUUCAAUUAUAUCUUUGGCGGUUGGUAUUAGUGAAGACUAUUCUUCUCGCCAUCCCGAAGGUGAACCCCGUGUCGGUUGGGUCGAGGGUGCUGCUAUUCUUGCUGCGGUUGCUGCGGUUGUUUUUACGAAUGCAAUUAACGAUUAUCAAAAGGAAAAACAAUUCAGAAAACUCAACUCCAAAAAGGAAGAUCGAAAUGUUAAGCUUAUUCGUAAUGGCAAAGAACAAGAAAUUUCCGUUCAUGAAAUUAAUGUUGGCGAUAUUUUGCUUCUCGAACCUGGAGAAAUAGUUGCUGUCGAUGGUGUAUAUUUAAGUGGACAUAAUCUCAAAUGUGACGAAUCUACUGCAACAGGUGAAUCUGAUGCAUUAAGAAAAGGAGAAUUAGAAGCUGGCGGUGAUCCAUUUGUGCUCAGUGGUUCAAAAGUUCUUGAAGGAGUUGGAAGAGUAGUUGUCAUUGCUGUUGGUCCAAAUUCUUUCUAUGGAAAAACUAUGAUGGCACUUCGUAAAGGUGGAAGUGAAGAAACUCCACUUCAAAUGAAAUUAGAUUUACUCGCUGAACAAAUAGCCAAAUUAGGUGUCGCUGCUUCUUUAAUCAUGCUUAUCACUCUUGUCAUCAAAUAUUUCAUCACCGCUUCUAUGGCAGAUGAAUUUCCUGAUGCAGAAUCUAUUUUGGCUUCAAUGAUCUCUAUAAUUAUUCAGGCCAUUACUAUUAUCGUCGUUGCCGUACCUGAAGGAUUACCCAUGGCAGUAACACUUGCGCUCGCUUAUGCAACCACUCAAAUGUUGAAGGAUAAUAAUUUAGUUAGAGUAUUGUCCGCUUGUGAAACAAUGGGAAAUGCUACCGCUGUUUGCUCUGACAAGACCGGAACAUUGACACAAAACAAAAUGACAGUUGUAGAAGGAAUUCUUAGUCAGAAAAAAUUUGAAGAUCAAAAGGAAAUUUCUAAAUGGAAAAACGAAGUUGCACAAUCAAUAUAUGACGUCAUUAUACAAGGGAUUGUAGUGAAUUCUUCCGCAUUUGAAGGAAAGGAUGAAAAAGGAAAUGCAGUCUUUAUUGGUUCUAAAACCGAGUGCGCAUUACUUGAAUUUUCAAAAUCUUUUGGUGUGGAUUAUAAUCAAUUAAGGUCUAAUGAUAAGCCUGUUAAGAUUUAUCCAUUUGCUUCACAAAGAAAAUCCAUGACUUCUAUCAUAAAAUUAAAAAAUUCCGUUGGUGCAGAAUAUCGCGUUCACGUUAAGGGAGCCUCUGAAAUAGUUUUAGGUGCUUGUACACAUUACGUUGAUGCUGAAGGAAAAGUUCAGCAAUUCAAUGAAAAUUCCAGGCUAAAUUUUGAAACCAUUAUUACAAAUUACGCUGGUAAAGCUCUACGCACAAUUUGCUUAGCAUAUCAUGAUAUAUCUAUAAAAGAAUAUGAAAAAUUCGAUGAUGAAAAUCCUCAGAUCAAAGAUCUGAUAUGUUUGGGUAUCGUCGGUAUUCAAGAUCCUUUACGUCCUGGUGUUGUGGAAUCUGUUGAAGCUUUUAGGAAAGCUGGUGUCAGAGUUAGAAUGAUUACUGGUGAUAAUAUUAUGACAGCAAGUGCUAUUGCAAAAAAUGCUGGAAUUCUUAAAGGUGGUUUUGCUACUACUGGUCCGGAAUUUCGUGCAAAAUCUAAGAAUGAACAAAUUGAAAUUGUUCGUCGAUUACAAGUUCUCGCUCGUUCAUCUCCAGAAGACAAAACCCUAGUCGUUUCUCACUUACAAAAUUUGGGUGAAAUUGUUGCUGUUACCGGUGAUGGAACUAAUGAUGGACCAGCAUUGAAAAUGGCUGACGUCGGUUUUAGUAUGGGAAUUGCUGGUACUGAAGUGGCAAAAGAAGCUUCUUCUAUUAUUUUAAUGGACGACAACUUCAAUUCCAUCGUUAAAGCUUUGAAAUGGGGACGUGCUGUUAAUGACAGUGUGCGCAAAUUCUUACAAUUUCAACUCACUGUAAAUAUCGUUGCUGUCGUCUUAUCUUUCACUAGCGCUGUUCUUAGUGAUGAAAAUGAAUCCAUUUUGACAGCCGUACAAUUACUUUGGGUCAAUCUUAUUAUGGAUACAUUAGCUGCUCUUGCUUUAGCGACGGAGCCACCUAGUGAAGAUCUUUUGAAUAGAAAGCCUACCUCUAGAUUUGCUUCACUAAUUAAUUAUAGAAUGUGGAAGAUGAUUAUUGGACAAGCAAUUUUCCAAAUAAUUAUUAGCAUGACUUUGAUAAAUAUUGGCUAUGAAGUUUUUCAUCUUGACGAAAGUAAACCCCAUGACCAAAUUGUUAUGCGUACUUUAGUAUUCAACACAUUUGUCUUUCUGCAAAUCUUUAAUGAAAUCAAUUGCCGUCGAAUUGAUGAUACAUUAAAUGUUUUCCGUAAUAUUUCAAAUAAUCAUAUGUUCAUCCUAAUUCAAAUUAUCGUUGUUAUUGGUCAAAUUGCUAUUGUUGAAUUUGGAGGUGUAGCUUUCGGUACAACAUCUUUAAACUGGUAUCAAUGGCUUGUUACUGUUUUAAUCGGAUCUCUUUCCUUACCUGUGGGUCUAAUUGUAAGACUUAUUCCUAACUUCUGUGUACCUGAAAGUAUCUUAAAUGAAGAUUUUAAACCUGAAGUAAGUCAGGAGAAAAUGCUUUGGGAAUCUAGUAUUGGUGGUGUUGCGAAGCAAUUGCAAGUUGCUAGAAACUUGAAAGUUUUUGGCGCUGUAAGAAAAUCAAAAAGAAUCUCAGUUCCAAUUCCUCAUACAAGUGAAUCACAUUAA